GCUGGAAUGCGGGGUCCCGGCGCCUCGGGCCGCGCGCCCGGCUCUCCGGCAGCUUCCGGCCUGGCCUGGCGGCGGGCGGGCGGGGGGCGGGGGCAGGCGGCCCGGCGGGCGCGGGGGAAGGAGCGGGGCGGCGGGGCCGGCGCGGCUUUGUCUCCUUUGUUCCCGGCGGUAGCAGCGCGGCGGCGGCGGGAGGGGCGGGCGGCGGGUGCAGCUUCCCGCCCCUCGGAGCCCGGGGAGCGGCGGCGGGCGCGCAGACCGGGCGGGAGCGGCCCAGGGUGACUCCCACACAGGUCAUGCUGUUGUCUGCUAAGCCAGUCGGCCCUGCCAGGUGACCAUGCCUGCCCUCGGCCCAGCUCUCCUCCAGACGCUCUGGGCCGGGUGGGUCCUCGCCCUGCAGCCACCACCUCCAGCUGCUUUCACGCCCAAUGACACACACCUGCAACACCUGGCUCAGGAUCCCUCGUCAGGCACCCUCUACCUCGGGGCCACCAACUUCCUGUUCCAGCUCAGCCCUGGGUUGCAGCUGGAGGCCACCGUGUCCACUGGCCCUGUGCUGGACAGCAGGGACUGUCUGCCACCUGUGGUGCCUGAAGAGUGCCCCCAAGCCCAGCCCACCAACAACCUGAACCAGCUGCUCCUGGUGAGCCCAGGGGCCCUGGUGGUGUGCGGGAGUGUGCACCAGGGGGUCUGUGAACAGCGGCGUCUGGGACAGCUUGGGCAGCUGCUGCUGCGGCCAGAGCGGCCUGGGGACACCCAGUAUGUCGCUGCCAAUGACCCUGAGGUCAGCACUGUGGGACUGGUGGCCCAGGGCUUGACUGGGGAGCCCCUUCUGUUUGUGGGCCGGGGGUACACCAGCAAGGGUGUAGGGGGUGGCAUCCCUCCUAUCACAACCCGGGCCUUAAGGCCGCCGGACCCCCAAGCCGCCUUCUCCUACGAGGAGACAGCCAAGCUGGCCGUGGGUCGCCUCUCUGAGUACAGCCACCACUUUGUGAGUGCCUUUGCACGCGGGUCCAGCGCCUACUUCCUGUUCCUGCGACGGGACCUGAAGGCUCAGUCUCGGGCUUUUCGUGCCUACGUGUCCCGUGUGUGCCUGCGGGACCAACACUACUACUCCUACGUGGAGUUGCCUCUGGCCUGCCGGGGUGGCCGCUACGGGCUGAUCCAGGCUGCGGCUGUGGCCACAUCAGGGGAGAUAGCCCAGGGGGAGGUGCUUUUCGUCGCCUUCUCCUCGGCUGCUCCCCCGUCCGUGGGCCAGCCUCCGUCAGCAGCUGCUGGGGCAUCCGGAGCCUCUGCCCUCUGUGCCUUCCCCCUGGAAGAGGUGGACCGCCUUGCAAAUUACACACGAGAUGCCUGCUACACUCGGGAGGGUCUAGCAGAAGACGGAACCAAGGUGGCCUACAUCGAGUAUGACGUCAAUUCUGACUGUGCACAGCUGCCUGUGGACACCCUGGAUGCUUAUCCCUGUGGCUCUGACCACACUCCUAGCCCCAUGGCCAGCCGGGUCCCCCUGGAAGCCACACCAGUCCUGGAGUGGCCGGGGAUUCAGCUGACAGCCGUGGCAGUCACCGUGGAGGAUGGACACACCAUUGCUUUCUUGGGUGACAGUCAGGGCCAGCUGCACAGGGUCUUCUUGGGCCCGGGGAGUGAUGGCCAGUCAUACUUGACACAGAGCAUCCAGCAGGGGUCUGCGGUGAGCAGAGACAUCACCUUUGACAGGACCUUCGAGCACCUGUAUGUCAUGACCCAGAGCACACUUCUCAAGGUUCCUGUGGCCUCCUGUGCUCAGCACCUGGAUUGUGCAUCUUGCCUGGCUCACAGGGACCCCUACUGUGGGUGGUGUGUGCUGCUCGGCAGGUGCUGCCGCCGUUCUGAAUGUUCCCGGGGCCAGGGCCCAGACCGGUGGCUGUGGAGCUUCCAGCCCGAGCUGAGCUGUUUACGGGUGACGGUGCUGAGUCCUGCCAAUGUCAGCCGAGAGGAGAGGAAGGAGGUCUUUCUGUCAGUGCCAGACCUUCCACCACUGUGGCCGGGGGAGUCGUAUUCCUGCCACUUUGGAGACUACCAGACUCCUGCCUUGCUGACUGGGUCUGGUGUGAUGUGUCCCUCCCCAGACCCUAGAGAGACCCCAGCACUGCCAAGAGGAGCCGACCACGUCUCUGUGAGCGUGGAGCUCAGAUUUGGUGCCGUCACAGUCGCCCAGGCCUCCCUCUCCUUCUUUGACUGUGUGGCUGUCACGAAGCUCCACCCGUCUGCCCAGUGCCGGGCCUGCGUGAGCAGCCGCUGGGGGUGUAACUGGUGCACCUGGCAGCACCUGUGCACACACAAGGCCUCGUGUGAUGGUGGCCCCAUGGUGGCAAGCCGACAGAGCCUGCUUCUCUCCCCAACCCCUCCUGCGAGAGACGCACCCAGCCCCUUCCCACCCACAGUCCCCCAGGCCACAGACACCCCUGCUCCUGGCACCCUUCCUGUGGAGCCUGGGGCUGCCUCCACAGCCUUGGCCUCUGAUGUCCCCCCUGUGACCAGGCCUGCCCUGCUUAGCACCUGGGGGCCGUGGGAAGGUCUUGGCCCCAUCCCUGCCUCAAUGUCCACGGGGGUGCCUCUCCGUGAGGAGUUCCCCGCUACCAGCACCCCCAGUACACCUGGAACCUCGGCCCCAAGCCCCACUGACUUCGGCCCCACAGCCACACCCCAGGACCUCUCAGCCACCCCCCCACGGUCCUCAGACACCACUGCAGCUCUGCCCCCUGCCCCUGCAGCCCCCGGCCCUGAGGCCCCUCCCUCUGCGGUGCCCGUGGACCAGCCCCCCGGCACUGCUGCUGCCACCCCUUUCCCAGGGGCUGCAGGCUCCACGAAGCCUGCUCUGGACUGGCUCAUGAGAGAAGGCGGCGAGCUGCCCGAGGCGGACGAGUGGACGGGGGGUGAUGCGCCCGCCUUGUCCACUUCCACCCUCCUCUCAGGUGAUGGAGACUCGGCCGAGCAUGAGGGCCCUCCCGCCCCACUCAUCCUCCUGUCCAGUCUUGACUACCAGUACGACACUCCCGGGCUCUGGGAGCUGGAGGAGGUGAACUGGGGAUCGAACUCCUGCCCUUGUGUGGAGAGCGUUCAGGGCUCCACGCUGGUGCCAGUCCACGUGGAACAGAAAAUCCAGCUGCUGGGCAGGAACCUGCACCUCUUGCAGGACAGCGCGAGGCAGAAUGAGUGUGUGAUGGAGCUGGAGGGCCGUGAGGUGGUGGUCCAGGCCGUGGUGGAGUGUGAGCCGUCUCCCGAUACCUGGUGCCGGGUGACCUGCCAGCAGCUCCAGCUCAGCUACGAGGCUCUGCAGCCAGAGCUCCGCGUGGGGCUGUUUCUGCGUUGGGACGGCCGUCUGCGUGUGGACAGUGCUGAGGGUCUGCACGUGGUUCUGUACGAUUGCUCCGUGGGGCACGAGGACUGCAGCCGCUGCCAGACUGCCGUGCCUCAGUACGGCUGUGUGUGGUGCAAGGAGCAGCAUCCACGCUGCGUGGCCCGUGAGGCCUGUGGCAAGGCCGAGGCUGUGGCCACCCAGUGCCCUGCACCCCUCAUCCACACGGUGGAGCCACUGACUGGGCCUGUGGAUGGGGGCACCCGCGUCACCAUCAGGGGCUCCAACCUGGGCCAACACGUCCAGGAUGUGCAGCACACGGUACAGGUGGCCGGAGUGCCCUGUGCUGUGGACGUGCAGGAGUAUGAAGUCUCCAGCAGACUCGUGUGUAUCACGGAAGCCAGUGGGGGGGAGGUGGCAGGCACUGUGACAGUGGAGGUCCGAGGAAGAGGACGUGGUGUCUCUGAACACGACUUCGCCUACCAGGAUCCAAAGGUGCAGUCCAUCUUCCCGGCCCGGGGUCCCAGAGCCGGCGGCACCCGCGUCACCCUGCUUGGCUCUAAACUCCUGACCGGGCGGCUGGAAGACAUCCGUGUGGCAGUUGGAGACAGGCCUUGUCACCUACUGCUGGAGCAGCAUGCAGAACAGCUGCAGUGUGAGACCAGCGCCCACCCUGCGCCAGCCUCGCUCCCCGUGUCUGUGUGGUUUGGGGCCACUGAGCGGAGGCUUCAGCACAGCCAGUUUGAGUACACGUCGGACCCCAACAUCACCUCAGCCGGCCCCACCAAGAGCUUCCUCAGUGGAGGACGAGAGAUAAGGGUCCACGGCCAGAAUUUGGAUGUGGUGCAGAUGCCGAGAAUUCGAGUGACCAUGGCCUCUAGAGCCCAGCAGCCCAACCAGGGGCCUGGGCGGAAGCGCCGUGUGAUCCCGGAGACAGCCUGCGCCCUGGGAGCCUCCUGCGGUGGCCAGCAUUUUGAGGAGCUGUGCUAUGUGAACUCCUCCCAGCUGAUCACGUGCCGCACGCCCGCACUUCCAGGCCUGCCUGAGGACUCCUGGGUCCGGGUGGAGUUCAUCCUUGACAACCUGGUCUUUGAUUUUGCAACACUCAGCCCCAUACCCUUCUCCUAUGAGGCUGACCCCACUCUGCAGCCGCUCAACUCCGAGGACCCCACCAUGCCGUUCCGGCACAAGCCCGGGAGUGUGCUGUCCGUGGAGGGGGAGAAUCUGGACCUCGCGAUGUCCAAGGAGGAGGUGGUGGCCAUGAUUGGGGACGGCGCCUGCGUGGUGAAGACACUGACCCGACACCACCUGUACUGUGAGCCCCCUGCAGAGCAGCCCCUGCCCCGGCACCACGCCCUGCGCGAGGCACCUGACACCUUGCCGGAGUUCACGGUGCAGAUGGGCAACCUGCGCUUCUCCCUGGGCCACGUGCGGUAUGAUGGCGAGAGUCCCGUGGCUUUUCCCUUGGCGGCCCAGGUGGGCUUGGGGGUCGGCACCUCUCUUCUGGCUCUGGGUGUCAUCAUCAUCGUCCUCAUGUACAGGAGGAAGAGCAAGCAGGCUCUGCGUGACUACAAGAAGGUCCAGAUCCAGCUGGAGAAUCUGGAGAGCAGUGUGCGGGACCGCUGCAAGAAGGAGUUCACAGACCUGAUGACCGAGAUGACCGAUCUCACCAGUGACCUUCUGGGCAGCGGCAUCCCCUUCCUGGACUACAAGGUGUAUGCAGAGAGGGUCUUCUUCCCUGGCCACCAGGAGUCGCCGUUGCAUCGGGACCUGGGUGUUCCCGAGAGCCGGAGACCCACUGUGGAGCAAGGGCUGGGCCAGCUCUCCAACCUGCUCAACAGCAAGCUCUUCUUGACCAAGUUCAUCCACACCCUGGAGAGUCAGCGCACCUUCUCAGCUCGCGACCGGGCCUACGUGGCGUCUCUGCUGACGGUGUCCCUGCACGGGAAGCUCGAGUACUUCACCGACAUCCUCCGCACGCUGCUCAGUGACCUGGUGGCCCAGUACGUGGCCAAGAACCCCAAGCUGAUGCUGCGCAGGACAGAGACUGUGGUAGAGAAGCUUCUCACCAACUGGAUGUCCAUCUGCCUCUACACCUUUGUGAGGGACUCGGUUGGGGAGCCUCUGUACAUGCUGUUCCGGGGAAUCAAGCAUCAGGUGGACAAGGGGCCUGUGGACAGUGUGACUGGCAAAGCCAAAUACACGCUGAAUGAUAACCGUCUGCUCAGGGAGGACGUGGAGUACCGGCCCCUGACCUUGAAUGCUCUGCUGGCUGUGGGGCCUGGGGCAGGAGAGGCCCAGGGUGUGCCCGUGAAGGUCCUGGACUGUGACACCAUCUCCCAGGCCAAGGAGAAGAUGUUGGACCAGCUCUAUAAGGGAGUGCCCCUUGCCCAGCGGCCAGAUUCACGUACCCUGGAUGUUGAGUGGCGCUCCGGGGUGGCCGGCCAUCUCAUUCUUUCUGACGAGGAUGUGACUUCUGAGGUCCAGGGGCUGUGGAGACGGCUGAACACCCUGCAGCAUUACAAGGUUCCCGAUGGAGCAACUGUGGCGCUGGUCCCUUGCCUCACCAAGCACGUCCUCCGGGAAAACCAGGAUUAUGUCCCCGGAGAGAGGACGCCAAUGCUGGAAGACGUGGAUGAAGGGGGCAUCCGGCCCUGGCACCUGGUGAAGCCCAGCGAGGAGCCAGAGCCUCCCAGGCCACGGCGGGGCAGCCUCCGGGGCGGGGAGCGCGAGCGAGCCAAGGCCAUUCCCGAGAUCUACCUGACCCGCCUGCUGUCCAUGAAGGGCACGCUGCAGAAGUUUGUGGACGACCUGUUCCAGGUGAUCCUCAGCACCAGCCGGCCCGUGCCCCUGGCCGUGAAGUAUUUCUUCGACCUGCUGGACGAGCAGGCCCAGCAGCAUGGCAUCUCCGACCAGGACACUGUCCACAUCUGGAAGACCAACAGCUUGCCGCUCAGGUUCUGGAUCAACAUCAUCAAAAACCCGCAGUUCGUGUUCGACGUGCAGACGUCCGACAACAUGGACGCCGUGCUGCUGGUCAUCGCGCAGACCUUCAUGGAUGCCUGCACCCUGGCCGACCACAAGCUGGGCCGAGAUUCCCCCAUCAACAAGCUUCUAUACGCCCGGGAUAUCCCCAGAUACAAACAGAUGGUAGAAAGGUACUAUGAAGACAUUAGACAGAGUCUCCCCGCCAGUGACCAAGAGCUGAACUCCAUCCUCGCUGAGCUGUCCCGGAACUACUCUGGAGACCUGGGGGCGCGAGUGGCCUUGCACGAGCUCUACAAGUAUAUCAACAAAUACUAUGACCAGAUUAUCACCGCCCUGGAGGAAGAUGGGACGGCCCAGAAGAUGCAGCUGGGCUAUCGGCUCCAGCAAAUAGCAGCUGCCGUGGAGAACAAGGUCACAGACCUGUAGGGCCUGGCGAGCCCUGGCCUGCCGAGUCCUGGCCUGCCGUUGCCUCAGCCCCGUCGGGGCAGCCCUGGAACUAAGCAGGAGAGCCCACCUUCUUAGAAGCCCGUAGUGCCUGACAAGCAGAGUUAGUGGAAGGUGGCUCCUAGUCUCUUGGUGGCUCUGGCCUGGGCCUGGUGGGACCCACCUCUAAGGCCUGGGCCGUGAGGCUGGCCGGGUGGUGCCAGGCUGCUUCCCGAGCCCAGAGACCCUGUGAGCUAUUUUUUGUGGGAUGUUAGUCUGUGGGGAGUCGGGGGCUAAGGACUUCCAGAGAGGGGCUGGAGGGGCCUCCAGACCCUGGGCGACUGCACGGUCCCUGGCUUUUGCCCACCGAGACUGAGGAGGAAAGAGAGCACCUCCCUCUGGUCCUGUGCUCUUCCACCACCCCUGACCUCAGUUUAGCUGCCUCCGGCCUAGCUGCUGCUGCCACAUUCCUCAGUCCAGGAGAUGACGUGUUUCCUAGGCCACUGCACACUGACCCCUCAGGGGGCCGGCUGUCUCAGCCUCCUUGCCUCCCAGGUGGUGAGGGGUGUCUGCUGUGGGGGGCCCCUGGGGACAAGCAGUGGCCCCACUGACCAGCUCUUCAUUAAAAGAUAACACACUGUG